AUGAGGCUUGGCCUCCUGGCAUGUCUCUGGGCCUCCCUUGCAGGAGUCCUGCUGGCAGGCAGCCUCAGUGGGGAGGAAGAACCCUCUUCCUCAUCCUCUGCCUCCACCCGGGGGUUUCUUCUCUCUGCAGAAGAUGCACUUGAGAUCCGGCUGGUGGAUGGACCCAACCGCUGCUCGGGGAGAGUCGAGGUGCUCCAUGAGGACGUCUGGGGCACCAUCUGUGACGACCAGUGGGACCUGCGGGAGGCGAAGGUUGUGUGCAGGCAGCUGGGAUGUGGGAUGCCCAUAUCGGCCCCUCGGGAGUCCAAGUAUGGAGAAGGGAAAGGCCAAAUCUGGCUGAGCGACCUCAGCUGCAAAGGGACAGAAGCGUCCCUCAGCGAGUGCAAGGCAAAGCCAUGGGGGGACAACAUCUGCAACCACGUGGAGGAUGCCAGCGUGGAGUGCUCAGGGAUAGAAAUACCUGAGCCUGGCCCAGUCCGGCUGGUGGGAGGCCCGAACCGAUGUGCCGGGAGGGUCGAGGUGCUCCAUGAAGAGCAAUGGGGCAGCGUGUGCCACGACAACUGGGACCUCCACGAUGCCCAAGUGGUCUGCAGCCAGCUGAACUGUGGGAGCGCUUUGCUGGCCCCCAUCGGGGCCAAAUUUGGACGAGGGGUUGACACCAUCUGGCUGGAUGAUGUGAACUGCACGGGGGCAGAAACUGCUCUCUCUGACUGCUCAGCGAGGCCAUGGGGGGACCACAACUGCUACCACGGGGAAGAUGCCAGCGCUAUUUGUUCAGACUCGGGGAUCACCGUCUCCGCUUCGGUGCGACUGGUCGAUGGCCCCAACCGCUGCUCGGGGAGGGUCGAGGUGCUCCAUGAGGACGUCUGGGGCACCGUCUGUGAUGACCAGUGGGACCUGCGGGAGGCGAAGGUUGUGUGCAGGCAGUUGGGAUGUGGCCCGGCGCUCUCAGCCCUUCCCGAAUCCAAGUAUGGGGAAGGGAAAGGCCAAAUCUGGCUGAGCGACGUGAACUGCACCGGGACUGAAGCAUCCCUCAGCGAGUGCGAGGCAAAGCCGUGGGGGGAGAACAUCUGCAACCACGUGGAGGAUGCCAGCGUGGAGUGCUCAGAGGUGGACAUUCCUGAGGAGGGGCCGGUCCGGCUCGUGGAUGGUCCGAACAAGUGUGCUGGAAGAGUUGAGGUGCUCCAUGAGAACCGGUGGGGCAGCGUGUGUGAUGACCAGUGGGACAUGAAGGACGCCAAGGUGGUGUGCAAGCAGGUUGGCUGCGGGUCACCGCUGUCGGCUUUAGGAGGUGCCCGCUACGGACGAGGACCAGACAUCAUCUGGAUGGAUGAUGUUGAGUGCAAGGGGACGGAAGAGAGCAUCUUCGACUGCCAGGCCAGGCCGUGGGGUGAACACAACUGCUACCAUGGAGAAGAUGCUGUUGUCGUCUGUGCAGCCAACAAGAACCUGGAGGAGCCAGAAGCACCGUGA